AUGCAGUCACCUAGCCAUAGAGAGCAAUAUCAUAAGCACAAAGAAAGAAAAGAAGAAGAUGCGAGUCCGACGACAACUAUAGAAGAAGAAAAAGAAGAAGUCGAAAAACAAAUAGGUGAAAUAAUCAACUCAGCAACACCUCAGCCAACAGUUAAAAACAAAAAACGUGUACACUAUCCUCAAGUUAACGGAGACUAUUCAGCGACAGAUAGCAAGAAGACGGAUAGUCUUCAGCAAAACCAAGAGACUCCUUCAGUCGAUCUGUAUUCCAAACCAAAAAACGGCUUGUCAGAACAGCCGACAUCCAAUGAUUAUGUGAUUCCAGUAGAUUCCGACCGAUGUUGUGGCUGUUGUUCCACACCGGAACCGUUUCGUCGACGUUUAAAUCGAAUUUUAAAUCCAUGGCGAGAAUUUAUUGAAUAUCAAUCAGCGUGGAGUUGGGUUAUAUUAGUUGCUUCAUUUCUUACGUAUUCAAUCGGUGAAGCAUUAACAUCAGUUUUUCCAAUAUUAUUUGUUGCAUUACAAGACGAAUUUCCUGAUCAAGGCUCAUCACGUGUUGCGUUAGUUCAAUCGAUGAUGAAUGCUGUACCGUGUUUAGCUGGUCCAAUAGCAUCAAUAGCAACAACACGAUUUGGUUAUCGUAAAACAGCCAUGCUUGGCGGUUUGAUUGGUUCAUUAUCAUUAUUGGCAACUUCAUUUGCUCGUCGUCUUGAAUUACUUUAUUUAACAAUGGGUGUCUGUUAUGCAAUUGGAAAUUCGCUAGUACUUGUUGCGACUGUCGUUGCUGUAACAGAACAUUUUGAAGCUAAGCCAUCAUUUGCAUCUGGUGUUACAAUAAGUGGUGGAGCAUUUGGCCAAUGCGUAUUUGCUAUUGUAUUACAAAAAUUAAUUAAUAAAUACGAUUGGAAUGGUGCCAUGAUGCUGUUCUCUGGUGUUGUUUUAUCAAUUGUUGCGUUCGCUGCUCUAUUUCGUGAAGUAGAAUGGGACGAAGAGGAUUAUGAAGAAGAAGAAGGUGAAGAAGAAGAAACUGAAAAUGGAAAUGAAACAACAUCGACAGCGUUGGCACCUUCAGAACAAUCAGAAGUUCCAAUGGAAGCUACAAAUACUACUGUAACAAAUCUUGAAUCCGAAGAAGCAACUAAAGAUGCUUCUUCAAAUACGCCUCCGCCGACACAUCGGCCCUCAAUAAUCGAUGAUAUAUUUUUCUAUGAUCAUUAUACAAAACAAGAAUUAUUAGAUCAAUAUUCGAAAUCUGAAAUAUGUUUGCCAUUAGCUGUUCGUGAACAUUACGAAGAUGAAUAUCGUCAACAUCGAAAGGAACUCGAACAAGAACAAGAACAAAAAGAAAGAAAUUUCAAUGAACAAAAACUAUCUUCAUCAACAACACAAAUCGAGCAAACCGAUGAAAUUCAACGCGCAACACAAGUACCACCUAUUGCAGAACGAUCAAAUAGUUGCAAAAAUUUAUCAUCUACUGAAACACGUCCAUUAUCAACUGAUAAAUCUGCUCCCUCAACGGUACCAUCGACUACUGGAAGUAGUUCACGUAAAUCUCGUUCACAUCAUCGUCGUCAACGUCGUUUAUCAAAUAAUAAUACUUCUCAUGAUAAUAAGCAACCAAUGUCUUAUUAUCCAUUUCGUCAUCAACAUCAUAAUAUGCCAGUAGCCGCAAGUGGAAGUACUCGUACACACUCAUCGCAUCAUCAUCAUCAUCAUCAUCAUUCGGCAUAUUUUAAUCGGGGGAAUCUUUCACAAUUAGCAUUAUGUUCAAAAAAUAUCUAUAAUUAUGAAAGUGUAUUAAACAUAUGUAAACUACAAUCAUUACAUUUUUCAAUUGAUCGUAGUUUAAGUUUACCGAAUUUAUAUUCGCCGAUGUUAGCAGGUAGAAGACGUCAUCGUUCAUUGACAGUACCAAGAAAUAUAGAGGAUUAUUUAAAAGAUGAAGAAGAAGAAGAAGAUGAAGCCAAGAAGAAGAAUAUUUGCCAACAAAUCUAUCAUGAUAUAUGUAAAUUAGUACGUGUUCUACGUAUAUUACCAUUUCUUCUACUUUGCGUAUGUGUUACAAUUAUAACUAUUUUUUACGAUGCUACAUGGACAUUUCUCAUUGAUUAUAUGAAACAAAAUAAUUUAACUGCUGAACAGGGUUCACAUUUAAUUUUAGCUGUUGGAAUAGUAGCAAUUUUCGGUGAAAUCGGUUAUGGAUAUCUCGGAGAUUCUAAGAGGAUAUCACCACUUUAUAUAUAUGCGUGUUCAUUGUGUAUGGCCGGUCUUUCUCAAUUACUCAUUCCACUUGCGAUGAAAUCUUAUUCAUUAUUAAUGCCACUGAUGCUUUUCACUAGUUUUUUACAAAGUGCCCAAGAAGUAUUAAUGCCUAUCCUUUGUAUAAAAUUUGCUGGUACGCAAAAUUUCACCAAUGCAUACGGUAUGCUACUUCUUUGCCAAGGUAUUUCGUCGUUAAUUGGUCCUCCGGCACUUGGUAUUGUUGCGGAUCGUAAUUCUUAUGGUUUAACCUAUACUGCUAUUGGUAUUGGUACAACGUUUGCUGCAUUAUUAUUAUUUACAAUGCCACUGGUGCAAAGAUGUUACGGAUAUUUAAAAAUGGAAUCGAAAUCAAGGAAAACAAAUACAUUAGUUACAGCAAGCAAUGGUGAUCUACCAGUGCCAAUAACGAUCAACAGUUCACUUAGUGGAACCGUAGCUAAUAUAAAUAAUAAAUAA